AGGAGGGAGCCUGGCGAGGCCUGUUCUCCCUCUCUCUCUCUAUUCAUCACCUCCCUUCCUUCCUUCCUUCGCUCCCUCUCGUCUUUCCUCACUUCCUCGCUCCCUCCCUCUCCAAGUCACACCUGGAAGGAGAGCUUAAAGCUUGGCCUGGGGCAGGUAGAGCCCCAUUCGGCCGGCCAUCGCCAUGAAGCCCAGGAGUCCCAAAAGCAGCAGCACUCAGCUCCUCUUCCUCUCGCUUGUGGCACUCUCCAUCUUUGGCGUUCAGCAGGUGGAUGCCUCCGAGCAGAACAACGUCACAGUUGCAACAGGAAAAGCGGGCACCUGCCCCGAAAACACAGAGGUGGUGACGGCCAGCGUGAACUGCACGGCAGAAUGCCAGUCGGACGCCAACUGUCAAGGGAAUGCGAAGUGCUGCCCGUCGGGCUGCAGCGUGGUUUGCCGGAUCCCAGAUGAAAAGCCCGGCUCCUGCCGCCACGCCUCCAUCGGCAUCUCUCAGCUCGGCUUGUGCCGAGACACAUGCCAAAAGGAUUCCCAAUGCGUCGGCGCAUUGAAAUGCUGCACAAAUGGAUGUGGGAAAAAGUCAUGCUCUGAUCCCGUUGCCUGA